AUGGCUGAGAGCCAACGGCUGGUCCUGUCCACACCUGAGCUGCUCGAAUAUAUUCUCUUUUACCUUGAUGUUCAAUCCCUGCUGACAUCAGCCCAGCGAGUCUGUCACUCCUGGACCAGGCUGAUUCAAACCUCCCCGAAGCUGCAGCAGGCCCUCUUCUUUAAACCCAUUCCACCAGAGCAGUGCCGCGAAAAGUUGCAUAAUCCACUCCUAGCGCGACUCUUUCCGAAUCUCUUGCCCCCGUCCAUGGACUCAUCUGGCGUGAGAGAAUGCAGCUACCUGAGGCUGUCCUGGUCGAAGCAGAACGAUAGACGCGAGGGAUUUUUCCGCCGCGAAGCUAGUUGGCGCCGGAUGUUAGUGCAGCAGCCCCCUGCAUCCCUUGCCUAUGUGCAAGCUUCCUAUCCUCGCGGGGAUUGGAUCUAUAAGCGCUAUUAUCUCCCAUGCGAUGCCGCUCCAACGACCCAUCGGGUUAAUGAUCAGGUCCAGGUAGAUCUGAUAGGGCUACAGAUGAACAUGCUCUACGACCUAGUCCUUGAGUCUUGUUUUGGAGGCCCACGCCGGCACUGGAUCUGCUGGAAGGGCCAUAUGCCUCCACAGUUUCCCCGGCAGGUUUUGAUAGAGGAGUUCACGCCGUUUGUGGAACGGGCGAUGCAGGAAGCCGAUGUGGUGGUCAUUGAUCAUUGGCGAAGAAGCCGGACCGCGACCAGAUCAUUUAUCUGCUAUUACCCAGGAGAUGGAUCAGAUCAUCCAGUCAGCUCUCACGCUGAUCCCACGCCACAUCUGCCUAACGGGGCACCAGACAGGACUGGCUCGGAUGUCAGCCGUAAUGGCUUUGAUCCUCGAUCCAAAUUACGCUCUGCCUUUUGCGCCUUGCAGUACCCUUUUCAGGAUUGGGGGGUUGAGUGUGACUCGACAUGGGUGUCUGGUCUUGCUUGCUUGGAGCUGCGAGAGGAGAAGUUCAUCCCCAAGCCAGAGAGCGACGACGACGAGGAAUGA